GACCAUGGCGUCUUCUCCUCUUACCUCCAAAACCUUGACGCCUCCUCCUUCCCCCAAAUCUGGAUCCUCUCUUGCUGAUUUAUAGAUCAAUCUUGCUCAAGAUAAUCUGCAGCCACUACACACAAGGUUGAUAAGAAGGGCAAACAACAUGAGGUACUCAAUCGAGCCGGGUUUAAAUUUGGAUGAAGUAGCAGAACAGAAUAGACCAGUACUUGACGAAGAUGAUGAAGAUGCUUUCAUCGUCGAGGAGAUUGGGGAUUCUUCGGAUGAACGACAAGUAAAGCCAAUCAGGACAUUGGAAUCCAGGAAGGGGAUGGUGUUCGAUAGUGAGGAUGAUGCUGUCAGGUUCUACAAAGGUUAUGCCAAAAAGAAGGGCUUUGGUGUGAUGAGAAGGACGACUAGAUACGGAGAAGAUAACAUGGUUACUUAUUUUACUCUCGCUUGUAGCAGACAAGGAAAGACUCAAUGCUCAGAAAAGAACUCAUUUAUGCCUAAUCCGUCGACAAGGAU